AUGGUGAAGCUCACUGUCCGCCCCAACCUGCGCCUGUCCGAGAAGCAGGAGGCCUCUGGCGGCGUGAAGGCGAUGAUGGAUCACGGCAACGCAACGUACUCUGUUGCGGUGACCGACGCGGGCGUGCGCGGCGGUGAUGUCCUCGAUGGGCUGCGCCUGGGCAUGAGGCUCAACGAUGGGAGCUUGGAGGCUGUGUACGAGCCCAACAACGGCCACCACCUGCUGCGCGUGCAGAACACGGUGUCGGUUCGCGUCAAGAUCACCGACAUCUCGGGCGCCGAGCGGGCCACCUACGUGAACUGCGCGGUGAGCGUGGAUGACAACAACACCGCCAAGGUCAUCUACCGCUGCAACCCCGGCAACAAGCUGGACCACCGCAACGCCACCGUGGGCUGGUGCUACCGCAAGGACGACAUCGAGAUUGAGCCCCGCUUCAACCUGGGCACCGAGUCGCUGUCUGCGGGGGUGACGUACCGCAUGGACGACGAGAACCGCGUGCGCGCCAUCUACGACAUGGGCUCCAACGAGGGCACCCUGACCUGGUACAACACCGGCAGCCUGGGCGGCGGCGGCGAGACGCGGCUGACCGCGCGCAUGAAGCUGGACAAGGACAACGUGCAGCAGCCCACCAUCAUGCUCUCCAAGAACUGGGACCUGGACAUGUGA